AUGUCCACGUGGAGAUCGAGGCUCACCAAAAGCCUGAAGCUCCCGUCUCGAAGGAUGCACUCCUUCCCAUGCUCCGCUCUGCUGGCCUGUUUUGGGAACACCAGGGAAAAUGCCACCUUUGAUCAGUCCAGCUCAACAGAUACUCACUCCGCCAUCUACGUCCAGCCCAUGGCCAAAGCAGGCAGACAUCCAAGUCACCCGAAGGGAGAAGAAGGAACUCUGGAGAAAAGGCGAGAUUCUGGGGUGCACUCGGAGCAAAACGGCACCUCGAAUGGCACUCACAGCAGACACGCAGCUGUCCAGCCUGCAGAGAACCCGGGGGAUUCGCCCCGGUCCCUGAAUGACGAACCAGACUGUGAAGCCGUUUCUUUCCAGCCGUCCAUCCCUAGACCAUCAAUUAUUGACACGCCAAAGGAAGAAGAAUCCCAUCAAGAGCCCCCGUGUCCUGAGCUGGAACAGAAGAUGCUCUCAGACGGCCCACUUGAGGAUAUUGACCCCAAGGACUCCUGUCUCGUUCCACGAAACAUCAUGGCCGAGCCGGACUACAUAGAAGAUGACAAUCCUGAGCUAAUUAGGCCCCAGAAGCUAAUCAAUCCUGUCAAAACAUCCCGAAAUCACCAAGACCUCCACAGAGAGCUUCUUAUGAAUCAAAAAAGGGGUCUUGCCCCUCAGAAUAAACCAGAACUGCAGAAGGUGAUGGAGAAGAGAAGACGAGACCAAGUGAUAAAGCAGAAGGAGGAGGAAGCGCAGAGGAAGAAGUCCGACCUGGAAGUAGAGCUAUUAAAGCGGCAGCAGAAGCUGGAGCAGCUUGAACUUGAGAAGCAGAAAUUGCAAGAAGAGCAAGAAAAUGCCCCAGAGUUUGUGAAGGUGAAAGGCAAUCUCAGGAGAACAGGCCAGGAGGUGGCCCAGGCCCAGGAAUCCUAGGCCCAGGCUGUGACCUGGUGUGUCCCCACCAUCUCUGUGGGAGCCCUGGCUAGGCGCCUCUACAGUGCUCCUCUUGGGCCAAAGUUCCUGAGGAAGAGAAUCCAGACAGCUGAGAAUUUUGACUAUCAAAAAAGAUUGUGUUUGAUUUACCAUUGAGGUAGAUGAGUCAUCUCUGACAGUUGCAAUUCCCAUUCGCCAAACGAAAGACACCGACCAGCACACAAGAUACCAUGGACCUAUGUUUAGAGACUUUAGACAAAGAAAACCACAAAAGAAGUGAAGAGAACCAGGAAGCGGGCGCUGGAACACGCACUACUCGGCCUUUCUUCCAUUCCAAGUUUGGCGGGACGCAGAACCUUCCUUGUUCCUUUAAAAACGAAGCAAAUUGUUUGGAAUCCCUCCUUGGGUUAUCUGUUAGAUUGUUUUGAUUAUAUCAAAAUGUAUUUCAUCUGUUACAUCCAGUAUUUGUAUUUUAUUCUGAAAACCCAGAAUUUUCCUCCCAUUAUAGAUUAAGAAAGGGGGCUAUUACUGUUUAUGUUUAAUCAUACCUAUUACAUUGGUUAACACUGAAGUUCAGAAACAGGACAAGUUAAACAUGUCAGCACCCGUCACAAACUUAUUGUAAUUCCCGUAGGUUCUUGGUAUGACAGUAUGCCAGAUGUCGCCUUUGCACUUGUAAGAAGGUGCAUACAUCCUGUCAAUUCCUUUCUUGCUUUGAUAACCAUAGGCUUUCUGUUCCGUUUUAGUGUGUCAUUUCUUGCUCAACUAUUUCUUUCAGUUGAAGCAAUUUCUCAGUUCUUUGGUAGAUGAAACUAGAGUGUGUAACUCAACUUCUGUGUCCUAUAGAAAGAGACCAGAUCUUUUGAGUUCUGAGAGCAGUAGAGGGGUGUCCAUUAGGACUGGGUGACGAGGCCUUUAUAGAUUUAUGUAAUACAAAUAGAAAUCUGCUUCUAGGAGACUUUAUAACUUUUUACAUUUUGAAUAUUUUAGACUUGAGCUUUGAACAUCUCUGGCCGAUGGUCACAGGUUUCCUUCCCUUUUGUUUCUUGUGAAGAAUGACUAUCUUGGCACUCUCUUGGCAUGAUGCUGUUGGUAGGGAUGAUCCUGACUACUGUGUUGCAUCUCUCAGGAAAAGCUGAGGUGCUGGGCAAGGCUGCUCAGUGUCCUCUUGCUAGCUAGCAUGCUGUUCAAAGAGACAUCUAAGUUACAAAUAAUAUGAAAGUUCUCAUGCAAAAUAUAUUUUAUACUACAGGCAUGGGAGUUUUUUGUUUUCUGUUUUUUUUUCUUUUUUGUAUUUAGUACUUCUCCAUAGAGAUGAUUUAACCAGUAAUUUCUACACUGAAGAUUUCUGUUUUCUUUCAUGAUGCAUAGAAUACCGGAUGUAGCGCUUUGGAAUCCUUGAUUAGCACACUAGAUGCUAAUUUUCUCUGGGAACACUGAAGUCUGGCAGUUAACAGACCCAUGUUCCCUUCAAGUAUGAAUAAGAAGUAAAUGAAUAAUAAUUCACUACUAGAUGAGAAGCACUAGAGAUGAUUACAGCAGAAAGGAUUCUUGGUCCUAUCAGCAAGUGCUUUCUAAAUAAAAUAUGAGAUGCUGAAGAUAAGAUGGUUUGCCCUGGGAGAUUGGCUCAGUGACUACUUUGUCAUCUUCCUUCCCUUUGAGAAAAGAAAGUUUAUUCACUGAUUGUUGAAAUAAACCUCUCCAACGCACAUUGCUUAUUCUUUCUCUGCAUAUGGGGUAAUGAUGUCAGGUGGUAGGGUGACUAUUCAGAGUGAUUAGACCUUUUUAUCUACCUGGAAGUUAGCUCUGGAGAUGUUUUGCCACUUGGCAGGAUCUUCAAGGGUCAUCGCCAGCCCCUGUAGAAGGGCUGAUGCUGUUCAUUCUAUACCACGGGGGGGAAGUUAGCUACAAACACAUUCACUUCCUGGUUGCACUCAGACCUGCUGCGAUCUUCCUUGGUCAGUGCUACAGGGUCUAGCCAAAAGACGACUUGUACAUAGCAUGAAGUGAUGGCUUCAGCUAGGUCGCAGAGCAUCCAGGGAGCCGAGCCUUUAGGAAUCUGCUUGGCUCCGCUCACUUAGAAUAAUGCAGUCAGUCACUCAUUUUUUGCACUUAACACUGUGAAGUCCCAACCCCAGGGAUGGGUCACCGUCUGAGCAGUGUCGUGCUUUGAGCCACUUAUGGGGGGAAAGGCUCCAUUUUUCCACUCUGUAGUUUUCUUAAAGUAGUUCUCUGUUUUGUAGUCUCCUGCUAGUAAAGUACUAUUGCUUUCUAAGCUAUACCAGUUGACUCUAUUCUUCUACUCCAAGAAUCUCAACCCAUUUGAGUGUACAUAAUAUAUAUAAAGGGAGCCUUAAUGGAUUUGUUUUCAUAAUUUAAUAUUUUUUGUAUUUGCUCUUGUAUAAUUGUUUUUUUAAUGGAAAGUAUUACAGAAUCGAGGGUGGAAUUCUUAGAACCAAAGUUAUUCUUAAUAAAAAUCACCAAUGCUUGGACCCCGCA